CAGAUUGUAAAUUAUGCCGUUUCCCAUCCUGGAAAUGUCUCCCCCCACACCCAGGCUCCUGUAACUCCGCCUCUAGGAUGCUAAUAACACUGAACUUCAGACACGUCUGAUACUGUUACGGGGCGAUAAGCUAAAAGUGCUACAAUUAACUCGCAUUUUCCAGCAUCAGGGCUUCCUUGGGACAUUCAGAAUUACGUGAAGCGAGUAUUUUAAAAAAAAUGUCUCGGCUUUUGCUCUUGCUUCUCUGCCUGGUCCUGCAUCCUAUCUCCUGCGCUAACUGCCCCAAACUUUGCAGCUGUAAAGCGGACGAUCGUGUCACUUGUGAAGGCAGAGAAGUCGAUCAUGUUCCAAAAGGGUUUUCCAGAGGCUCCCGCAAACUGAUGUUUAAAUACACCAGUCUGAAAAUCAUUCCAAGUGGAGCAUUCUCUGGACUCCGGAACUUAACAACCAUUUGGCUACUACAAAAUGACGUUUUGGAGAAUAUUGAAGAAAAUACCUUUGUCAAUCUACCCAAUCUUAAUGAAAUAAUAAUUGAUAAAGCACAGCUUCUGGUGCAUAUUGAUCAAGACGCAUUUGGAAAUCUUCCCCAUCUCAGAUACAUGACUAUCACAAAUACUGGAAUAAGGUUCUUCCCUGAUAUUACAAACAUUCAUUCUGAAGAUUUUUUGCUUCUUGAAUUGCGUGACAACAUAAACAUGAAAGUUAUACCAUCUUACGCUUUCCAGGGAUUAAGCACUGGAACAUUCAAUAUAAAUUUGAUUAACAAUGGCCUCAUAGAAGUACAAAGCCAUGCAUUUAACGGAACAGAUUUAGAUCAUCUCAACCUUACAGGUAACUGGAACCUACAGAAAUUGCAUGAUGAUAUUUUCAUGGGAGCAACAGGUCCAACAGUUCUGGAUAUUUCCGGAACCAGUAUUGCUGCACUUCCGAUUCAUGGCUUGAAAUCUAUUAAGAAGCUCGUAGCUCGGUCAACCAAUAACUUGAAAAGGUUACCACCUCUGGACAACUUUGCUGAACUAAGGGAAGCCAGUAUGACAUACUCGAGCCACUGCUGUGCAUUCGAAAAUGAAAAUGCUAAGAAGAAAAAGGAGUUACUAUGGUCUCCAGUAUGCAACAGAUUCUAUGGCAAGAGUUACAUUUUCAGCAACACAAGUUCUGAAAUUGAUUCUGAGGUUGGAUCCACACAUUCAAAAAAAUUCAUGGAGAUGAACUCUGCUGUACCACAGCAAUAUGCAUUCCUUGAAAGUGAGGCAUGGAUCGACUCAAAUGAAGAUGAACCAUUUUUUGAUUAUGGACUGUGCUCUAACGUAGUAGAUGUGAUCUGUAAACCAAAAGCAGAUGACUUCAAUCCAUGUGAAGAUAUUGUGGGUAAAGAUAUUCUAAGAGUUAUAAUUUGGCUAAUGAAUAUUCUUGCUAUUAUAGGAAAUGUCAUUGUUCUCAUAGUCCUUGUAACCAGUCGAUAUAAACUCACAGUUCCACGAUUUCUUAUGUGUAAUCUUGCUUUUUCUGACUUUUGUAUGGGUAUUUACUUGUUGCUUAUUGCUUCUGUAGAUAUCCAGACAAAAGGCCAGUACUAUAAUUAUGCUAUAGACUGGCAGACUGGAGCUGGUUGUGCAUCUGCUGGAUUCUUCACUGUUUUUGCUAGCGAGUUGUCAGUGUACACACUUACUACAAUCACAUUGGAAAGGUGGCAUACAAUUACUUAUGCCAUGCAGCUGGACAAAAAACUCCAUCUGAGGCAUGCCGUUGUUAUUAUGUGUGGUGGUUGGGCGUUUUCUUUCAUUGUUGCAAUUCUGCCUCUUUUAGGGAUCAGUAACUACAAGAAGGUUAGCAUUUGCCUUCCAAUGGACAUAAACUCACCUGUGUCCCAGGCUUAUAUUAUUUUCAUUUUGCUACUGAAUGUUAUUGCAUUUUUGAUAAUUUGUCUCUGCUAUAUUAAAAUCUACCUUACAGUCAGAAACCCCAACUUCAUCUCUACAAAUGGUGAUACAAAAAUUGCUAAACGUAUGGCUGUACUGAUCUUCACUGACUUUAUAUGCAUGUCGCCGAUAUCUUUCUUUGCUAUUUCUGCGGCUCUGAAGGUCCCCUUUAUCACUGUAUCUAGUUCCAAGAUACUUCUGGUUUUGUUUUACCCAAUCAAUUCUUGUGCCAAUCCUUUUCUGUAUGCAUUUUUUACAAAGACUUUUCGUCGAGAUUUCUAUAUUCUUUUGAGCAGGUUUGGCUACUGUGAAAUGAGAGCACAGCUCUACAGGACAGAAACAACAUCGUCAAUUCAAAAUUCCAAUGUGAGAAAUGGCGCUUUGGCCUCAGCAUCACACUUUGGCCAAGGCACAGUAUACACAGAGCUUCUGGUAGCUACUAAUCGCCAACAGUGUGGAGCUCACAACUUCAAUUCUGAAGAGUCCCGCCAAACACUUACAGGAAUCUAUGCUAUUAACUGAUUGUGCAUAAGCUUUCCUGAAGUAAAUUUGUUUUGCUCAUCUUGCAAGGAAGUAACCUUUCCCUGGAGAUCUCUGAUGUCUUCUCGGUGUUAAAUUACUGAGAACGUGGUGUCUAUUGUCAAAUACACCAGGAUCAAACUUCAGGUCCCAGCGAAACUCACAACAUUGCAACUGAGCAGCCACCUCUAAUUUAUGACUAAUCCUGCAGAGAACGAAUCAAUGUUUAUCCAGCAUGGGAUUAGCAUAACCUAAAUGCGGGCUGCAGAUAUGUGAUUGCAAAGACCCAUUUUGUGCAAGAAAUUAAUAAUGCCAUAUCAGAAAGCACUUGAGUUACUUUGUCCGUAUAAGACUUUAAGUUUACCAGAAUUUACUGCUAUUUAUGCAUUUUAGUGUAAGUAGUAAUGUUAUCUUACUCUGGAUUUCUUGUAUUUGAUAGAGAAAAUUUGCUCCUGAUUUCAAGCCAUAUGUAUGAUUCCAAGAACUUGAAUGUUUAAAACAUAUGGAGCAGUAAAAUCUGUUGCAGUGGCCUCAUUCUUUUGUUAAAACAAAAGCUCUCAAGUGACUAGCUAAUGUCGAAUUCUGAAUUAAUGAUUCAUGCCAUACGCUGAAGUAGAUAAUCGUGCUUCUCCAUAAGGGUGGUCAUUGUCGUGUUUCAUUGUAAAAAUCUCCAUGUUGGGAUAUUUCUGUUACUAAUACAUUAAAUGUAUUGUAAUUGAUGUUAGGUCACUAGAUGAAAGAGGGGAGGAAAGACAAAGACUCUUGGUCCUGACUCUAAUGUAGUAAAAUCUAGGUGGUAAAAUUGAAAUGAGGAAGAACAAGGGAGAAAUUCAAAGUCAGGUCUGGGUUUUGUUACAAUUACAACUAUCUCCCAGCCCCUCCCAAUUGACAUCUACCACAACCAGCACCAACCAAACACACACACACACACUCUCUGCCAAAGUCAAAUAUUAAUGAGGAGCCCAAAGGGAAAAAAAGGUAUAUGAAGAAUAACAAAUGUUACCAGCAUUUGUUUUUAACUGUAAGGUAAGGUUUAUUUUCUGUGCAUUAUCCAAAUAUGGAGGAUUAUUGACUGAUGAAAAGAUUUGAAUGUUUCU